AUGUACUGCGAAUAUUCAGAUGGAGUGCAACAACAAAGCAUAGCCAACCCACAGGGACGAUCACCACGAACUUCUGCAGUUACAGCGCAUGAGCUGAUGUUUAAGCCGCUGGGUGUAAAAAGUGGAUCGUCAUCUCUCAUGAACAAUUUGCUUUUAGCGAACAAGUUAAGAGGGCAUAUUGUAAUGGCAGGAAAAACCAUUUUGUUGAGUCUUGUUGUAUUUAUAACGGUGGUAAUUGGACGGCUGUAAAAUUUAUUAAAAGCACUGUAUACUAGGAAUAAAUAGUAGCCACCUGAGGCCAGUAGUAACACAAACCAAAUUAGGCGUAUGACAAAAUGACGUUUCAUAAACACAUAACGGAUUCCAUGCAGUGUCGUGUCCUCCGUAAAUUCUCUCCACAUCUCUAAUGAUUUCCUCUUGUCACCGUUAUUAUAAUUGUGAACAGUAUGUCUUGGCAUUUCAGUCAUCCAUCCAUCUCUUUUAACCUCCAUUUUGGCUGUGCUUGGUCCUUGCUUGAUUUCCCUGAUGUAAAAAUUGUAAAAUGGCGGCAAAUUUAGUUGUUUUUUUUGUAAAUUGCCGCUAGCUUUCUUCGUAGGCAACUCAACGGAUAUAGGUAGAGAGAUUUACUGCUGGUGAAGAGAAAAAAGGGGGAGCAGGGGUUGGCGGCCGGCAGAAGUUGAGAAAACUUUAACCUCCCCUCUCACCUUCAAUUGCUGAAAUCCUCAAAAUUUUCUUGCCUGAUAGUUAAGUGAACUAGCGAAGGAAAUUUGGAAUGAGUUACAUUUUUUAUUUAAACAAAAGCUCAUUCAAGUCAAUUUAGAGUACAAAAAACUAAAAAUGAAAAAGAAUUAAGAAGUGGAAAUUUUAGUUCAUCAAACGACAAUACCCUUGAUUUAUCUAAAGCCAUCGUGGCUUUCAGUUCCUGGUACAAGAAGGAGCGCUGCAAAUUUGAUACUUUUGCAAUUAUGAAUGAACUUACCGAAAAAACGGCGCAACUGCAAUCUCAGGAAAUAAACAUAUCAAGUUCUGAUAGGUUCCUUGAAGAAGUCAACUUAUUUGCUUGUGAGAGCAGCCUUAAUCUAGUGACAUAAAUAAUGAUAAAAAAUAUACAUUACAUGUUAAGAAUUUUAGCUCUUUAGAUGAGACCAAUUUCAUUUCAUUUGCCGGCAUUAUACAAGGCUUGAAAGACUCAGUAUGAUAACGAAUUUUAAUGAAUGUGACAAUUUUCCAACAUUUGCUCUUAUUAUCGCCGAAGGCCUAGCCACCGUACUAAUAGAUAAUAAACGUUUAUAUUUCCGCACAGCAUUCGUUUCUUUUUGUGUAAUGAAAACUAAUAUUUUCUAAUUUCCUGUAUGUCUUAAAGAGGACUUCUAGCUAUCAAUUAACGGGGUAGAAAAAUCGCAUACAUGUGCAAAUAAUUAAAAUUAUUUGAUUUAUUUGAUGUGUUUAUAUACAGUCAUAGAGUAUAUCUUCCAUUAAACUGUAUUGCUUACUGUAUAAAUCGAAUCACUGAUUGACGAAUUUCAUAAUUUCAUCUUUCCGUUCACUAGCUAACUAAACUGAAAAAAAGAGAAGAUAACUGUUUACCUGAAUAUACAAAAUUCGAGCGGGUCGACUUUUGCAAAGUCACAGGAAAAUGUUAGAUAAAAUAUUAAAUAAUAAUUGAAAUUACAAGAAACCCCUGAGUUUCCAUUUUCUCUAUUAUUUUAUCGGGGUUAUUUUGGAAUACUGUCAGUUAUUAUAAUUAUAUAAUCGAUUGGGGGACUUACGAUGGUUUCGCGAUUGAUUUGCAAACAACAGUGCUUGAAUUUAUAGGAACUGAACGUGAUGUGCUGCUUAUACUGCUACUAUCAAAAUUCUUAUUUUCGGUUUUAUAAGGUAGCUAUACGUACCUACUUGCUUAUAGGUCGAGUAGAUAAUCGACAAACUUUUUUUUUAUCCUCUGCAGUUUUCUUUAUACUUGGUUUAGGUAACUAACUAAUCUGAUCUAGGGAUGUCAGUCACCGAUCUCCUAACUUUUACCGUUGACUAACAAUUAGAAGGAAACUGUUGUUAUCCCAUAAUUAAACUGCUGGUCAGGAGAAAAAUGAUUAAGAUCAGAAAAUCGAAAUUUGUAUUCAUCUGUUGGUAAAUGCAUAGAAGUUAAAUUGUGAAGCAGUAAAUGGGUUUCAGUUUGAAUUUUUUUCAGUUUAAAUUUUCUGAAUUCAGGAAGUUAGUAAUGAGGUUCAACAACGAACAACAAUACUUCCAAUUCAGCUUUUAGACUGAAUGUUAUCAGUAAAAUCAGAGGUGCCAAUGUCAUACUUACAUUUACAGCUGUUCUCCCGUGAACUAUUGCUCUACAGGUCAGUGAAUUUUCGUUCAAUUUUUUGUGAUAAGUGUUGGCUAAAAAAAAAUCAAAAUUGCUUGUUCGUGAAUAAACCUACCUCACCUAUGCUUUUAUUUAAAUAAGAGCCGUCCGAGGUCAAAAUUUUUUCAAGCAAACCAUGUAUCUUUGGCAACAUCAUAGGCCCCACUAUUUAGUUUGGGGGGGGGGAGCUGUUUGGGCACAGCACCCCCCCACUUUUGUAGAAUAAUAAUUAAUUAACUUUCUUUUAUUUUACCACGGUCAACUCAUUAGGACUUAAUACACUAUUUUGGGAAGUUCAAGUAAACGUCGACUCGUCCGGUUGGAUUGGGACAUUCCAUUUUUUUUUUAUUAUCCCAUGGAGUUGUUGUUGUCGGCAACAUUGAAGAUUGCAUAUGAGGGGUCCAAAAAUGGAAUGGAAAAAAAAUGGAAUGUCCAAUUUUAUUUUCAGCCCACCCACGUUAUAUUCGCUCCGUCGCCGCUGAUUUACGUAUAAAGCCAAAAUAAUAAUUAUUUUCUGAAGUUAGUGCAAUCACUAUUAUUUAACUAAUGACAUUUCAUGAUUAUAUGACUAUCAUUUGUGGUAGCUUACCUAUGAUGCCCUACAUGUAGUGCUUGUAGAGAUCAUGAAUAAUAUUUCUUUCCACUUAUAGCAUAAUUUCCUCUCUGUAGUCGAAUAUUUAGCUAGGCCUUCGGGUAAUUCUGGUUUACAGCUAUUUCUCAAUGCAUGUUUCCUCAGCUGGCUUCUUAUAAUAGAGAAACAUUGCGAAUUUUAAUAAUCAAUAAUCUUCUUACUUUAAUGCUACUGAUAAUCGAAUUGUCCUUGCACAAAAAUAGUUUCAAAACGUUUAACUAUAACAAAGUUUAGACUUUAAGCUUGAAGAACGAUUAAUUUCUACUCUAUGUCAUUAAGUAUGAAUUUUAAAUAAUAGCGGCCGAAAAUGGUGGCCAUUUUGAAUUAUGUCACAGACACAGCCCUCAUACAGCUCAUUUUAGUGUAUCUAAGAAGGCCGUUUACAGUGCCGCUUCAUCUUUCCAGAAUAUUAUAUUGUAAUACAUGAAAAUCCCGGGAGUUUUCAACCGACCUCCCCGGGACCUUUCACGGUGGUGGGGCAUGAAUUAGUUUGAACGUUCGAGGGCUAAAAUGGUGCCUGAUUGAAAUAAUUAUAAUAAAAAAAACACGAUGAUAAAAAGUACGAACCACGACCAAUGCGGGACGCGUUGAUGCAUUGUUAUCCUCUAUUUAAAGGCGCCGUACAGAUGUCAUAAUUAAUGGCCUACCUUUUUGGCGAAGUUUAAUAAUAGUAAAAAAAAAACGACAGUAAUAAUGACAUCUUAUUAUAUGGCUACAACAGUACGCGCACUCUGAUGGGCUGUUUUCUUGUAAUGGCUGGACAUUACUAGCUAGGUAUCAAACACAUAUACCAUCUGUGUUGAACUUGAUAGUGGACAUCCUUAUGGACAUCCAUGCUAUGGUCAAUUGACAGCUGUCAAAAAGGUAUCCGCUGACCAGUGUCGCCUUACUGUAUUGCAGCCUCAACUGUACAACUCAUUGAGGUGACGAGGUUUUUGUAAAGUUAUCUGUUGACCAGCUGUUGGUUUUAAUUAAUCGCAGGCUCAGUUACGCUAUUACCGUAACUGUGACUAUUCUUAAAUCGUAACUACGUAUGCUGAUUUUGAUUAGGGAUUGUUUAAUUUGGAGAGCUCAAAUUAAUGAAAAAACCGACAGCCUAGCGAACGUCAUGCACUUCAAGCUACAUUACAGAACCUGCCUCGUUAUGAUAUACAUUUCAAAUAAGCUAGACAAUUCUCACUUUGACUUAAUUCUACACUGGCUGCCAACCACAAAACUUUAUUUUACAUUAAAAUCGAUAAAUCACAAGUACAGACUACCCACAAAUAUCGAGGCUAAUCGAGGCAGGUAUGUACACACUAUGGAGACGUAUCACUUAAACAAAUAAAUUACAAUAUUACUACAAAGAAAGUUACAUGAUAAUAAAUAUGGUAUUACAGAUUAAACGCAAUAAUUACUAUAAGUAGUAUUUUGUCAUAAAUAAGAGGCUAGAGGAAGGAUAAAAAAACGUAGGAUUACUGGCUUACGAAGUCACAAGCACUUAGAAGAUACAUUUUAAAUUCUCUUCAUUUCAUUCAAUAACGUAUCUAUAUCAACAUAACUGUCAACGUUUAAGGAAGAUCUGUUUGGUUGAGAGCAAAAAUUAAUGCAUAAUUUACAGAUUACCAACUGGAGAGGCACUCAAAUCANCACUUAGAAGAUACAUUUUAAAUUCUCUUCAUUUCAUUCAAUAACGUAUCUAUAUCAACAUAACUGUCAACGUUUAAGGAAGAUCUGUUUGGUUGAGAGCAAAAAUUAAUGCAUAAUUUACAGAUUACCAACUGGAGAGGCACUCAAAUCACGUUUUCAAAGGAAUCACGGCAGGUUAAAAUGGAAGAGAAAAAACAAAUUACUGGUGAAAAUAACUUGCACGAUAUCGUGCUACAGAACCGGAACACUACUUUUUUUUAAAUAAAAAAGAGUCCUCUUUUUCUGUGCAAUCAAAAAAGUUUGGAUAAAAGCAAAAAAGUAGACAAGUACUCUUUUUUAAUUACCUUUCCAGCUUAAGAGGAACUUGCGCUUUAGAAGCCAACGCAGUCAUCUCAGAAACAUCCCCUUUAUUAUUUGCUUAUACUUCAAAAGGACAGUUUUCGGCAAAGUAAAAUUGAAAACAUAAUUAUUAUUCCAUUUUUCAUUAUUUAUAUACCACAAUAUUUAAACGUUACAUCGGCUGUUUACGAUCACCUGCUUCUUGUUUAGCCCCCUUACUGGAAAUACAACAUUUAUAAUACAUGUGGCUAUAGAACUGACGAGCGGGAAAAUUUUUUUGACACAUCGAGCUGACACAGUAAGCUACAGUGCGACAAAAGAGUUCCUUUCUUGUUUUACUCACGAAAGAACUACAAGGAACCUGAACGGGAAACAGCCAACUUGCUCUUUGAUCGAAAAGCGUUGCCGUCGAUUUUGUGGCCUGGCAGCCAUUCAUACAGCGUACCAUACAAAACAGGUUAUGAGUGCAUAUGUGAGUCUUAUUAGUUAAUACUACUUAAGGCCGACAAUACAUGCAACAUCAGGCUUACCAACGACUUUAAUUUUAACGUGUACCAUAGUGUAUUAUUGUAUUUUGUAACGGAAAUGUAAAAAUGAAUAAACAUGUCUGUGGAGAAUUAAAUUUAAUUGGCCAAACGACUGACGUCGACUGUUUAAAGCUCGAAAGGGCUUGUUACAUUUGUGUUGUUGCUGCGAAAAAUAAAAUUAAAUAAAGAAAUAAGUAAAGUAACAACAGGAGCAACACUAGUAGGCGAAAACAUUUUGUCGAUAAGACAAUAAAGAGUCGAGAGAAUUGGUAACUUCUAAGGAGGAAUUUCUUUUCUCUUUUAAAGAUGUAGCAUCAAAAGCCAGUUUCCUGGCGGUAAAUGUCAGUUGAAAAUCUUUGGACUGCUUUUCUUGGAACUCUUGUUUUGAUAGUUGACUAUGUGUAACUGUUUAACAUUGUGUUUAACUCGUAUAAUUUGCAGAAGGGCGCGUUCCCACUGAAUUUAUUCGUCACUGAUUGUAUAUAGGAGAUGAUGGUGAUCGAAAAGAAAACAUCACCUGAAUGUUGGACUACAGAGAGUGAGAGUCAAGGGGAAAAGUUACCCAAAAAGCAAAAGCCCUCAACAGAGACUUGGGAAGAAUUUACUGAUAGCACAACACUUCAUGGUCUCAAGUAUGUCUUCAAGAAACGCCAUUUCGUGGUUCGUUUGUUUUGGGUUUUGCUCCUUCUCUUCGCACUCACUUACUACGUUAUAAUAGUUUACAGGGCAUUUAGUAAAUACUACAGUUAUCCCAUUAACACUUUGGUGAUAACAAAGCAAGAUCUUAAAGAAAUGGAUUUCCCAGCCAUAACAAUCUGCUCUCACAACUACCUCGCUAAGAGUAAACUGUUUAUGAGAGAUGACGACCCCCUAUUUGCGGCCAGCGGUUUGAAUAUCACCUUGUGUGACGUCACCAAAAAGGUUCGAGGCAAUGAGCCUUGUGGCUUGAGUUUAAUUUGUUGCUGCCAGCCACCUCAUACAGUAAACAUGUCUAUCAGUCUACCAAACUGUACAAAAAAAUACAGACAUGACCUCCUGUCGGCCAAACAUCAAUCAAACUUCAAAUCUGAUGUCGAAAUUUUCCUGGAGCGUUAUAGCCAAGACAUAAAAUCCCUUGUUGGCCCUUUGUGUACGUUCGGCGGUACCGCAUCUUGUUCAGCAGAAAGUUUUGAUCCCAUUUUCACGCCAACAGGAAUGUGUUACACAUUCAAUUCAGGGAGGAAUGGGAAAGUAGAAACAGUGAACAAUGGCGGGGUUUCUUCAGGAUUGACAAUCCUUCUUGAUGCUCAGACACCCGAGUAUUUUCAAGGAAAGAUGUCGGUGGGAUUCAAGGUUCUGGUUCACGGACAAGGCGAGUAUAUCGAUGAAUGGGAAGGAAUCAACGUAGGACCAGGACAACACGCUGUCAUAGCUCUCACACAGAAAAAGGUAAGAUUUAUUUUUUUUAACUUUGUUCAAAGUGUACCAAAUUGGCAGGAAAGUUGAAUGUCUUGUUUUCAAAUAAUUUUGUAUCUGAUGUCUUAGAUACUCAAAGUUCAUGAUGAACACAAUAAAAGUAAUAACCAAACCAACAUAACUCAAGUGACUUGGCCUUUAACUCACUGUUUGCAAAAACAUUCUAUUUUUUAUUUUACAGCAUUCUUGCCUCCAAAAUUAUCCACAGCGUCUUCUUGGCUACAGAAAUGGACGAAAUAACAAUAACUUAUGCUCUCAUCAAUUUGAUGCCAAAAAACCCUCGGCCAGUCUCGUUGAUUUUCUCUUGUUGAUUUUUCUCAUUGCAGUAUAAGAACCUAGAAAAACCGUACCCUACAAAUUGUACAAAGAGGAGCUUAAAAGCGUACACCAGCUACACUGUAGAGGGAUGUUUUUUCGAAUGCAAAGCGGAAAUAAUUACCAAGAAAUGUGGCUGCCGGCUUUCAGGAUACACAGGUAGGAUGUAACUAAAACAAGAAACAACAAAUCACUGAGUAACACCCAAAAACCUAGUCGUUACAGCUGAAAAAAAAAAAGAUGGGUCAAUAGACUGAAGAAAGCAAGACAAAAGAAUAGUAAAGAAUACCGAAACAUUGAGACAACAACAGCAAAAAAAAAAACUACAAUUCCCCACUUCCACAAUAUCAUUCCUACCUUUAUCAGAAUGUAAUUUGUCGGGUUUACAACACUCGGAAAUUAUCCUUUUUUUUUGGCCCUGAUUAACAAAUAUGAGCAAAAUAAACUGAAUACCGUUACUGGCUAGACAGUUUAAUUUUUUUGUUACGUUCGUGUUUUGUUUUGUUUUUCUUAAUUAAGGUGCACCUGAACACGUCACUUGCACAACCGUGGAAGAAUAUUUGUGUGUUUACAAAAUUCAGGGUAAGUAAUCCGGUCUUUGGUUUCUCAAGAGUCGUAAACGUAUCUCUAACGAUAAAGGGCCUGGCUUUUCCAAAGAUAUUAAACCUUUUCUUACAUUAGUUUUGUUUCUGUUGGCGUAAAGUGUGGGGAUGACAUAUUUAUACCGCAUUUUAACGGGCUUUGAUUUUCUGAUUAGUAGAUAGCCAAACAACUUCUUUUGAUGCUCUUCUACUGAUUUUUUUUGGGUGUUAACAUAUUUCUUUUGAAAUUAUAUUUCAUAAAAAAAGAAACGGUUACCAAGAAGACGUGUGGAUGUGAAGUUCCUUGUUACUAUUCCAAAUACAGCGCUGAAGUGAGCUAUUCAUACUUUCCUGAUCCAGGCACUGCUGCUGCAUUUAUAAGAAAUGGUUAUUAUGGUGAUCAUCAAUAUCAGAGGUGAUUUUUGUAUUACUACAAAUUAUUGUCAAGUAAUAAAUACUGUAACAACCAAGCUAUAUAGCAUAACAUAACAUAACAAACCUAACGUAACGUCAUUCAACUUAACUCAACGUAACGUUAAAUAACUUAAUGUAACGUAAUGCACUGUAACAUAAUGCAGGUCCACUUAACACAUUAUAACGAAAGCUAACAGAAAAAAAUGAGAUAACUUAUAUCGUAGACAUGACAUAGGACUACAUGAUAAUGUGUAACAUAAACACAAAUAGGGAUGGAAACAACGUGAACUUAACUUGACCUAGCGUAACGUACAUAUUACUUAAAAUAACAAAAAAAUGUAAUGGAUAUAAAAAUGUAAUGGUGAAAAGUGUUAAGAUUAAAGGUAUUUAAUUUUACGUUGUUGUAUUUUCGAAUGUGUUUGUUUUCCCAGAGAAAAUCUUGUCUAUUUACAAGUGGGCUUCAAGACGAUGAGCUAUGACUUGCAGGAAGAACAGCCAGCUUACGAUACAAAUUCUUUAUUUGGUAUGCUAUUUUAUGUACAGUGUGUAAUUACAAAAGUCUUGUCUAUCUUCCCCACUUACAAUUCUCGACUAGGGGCUAGUCAAGAAAGAGACAAAUGUAGAAAUAUAUGUUAAUAAAUUCUCCACUCCGAACCUAUAGGAGAAUGGGUACAAACUUUCGGCACAACAAUGUCUGGGAUCGUUUGGGUGGACCAAUCAUAACAUACGCUACCCAAAGCUGGCUUGAACCCAUUCUUCCUAUAGUGUCUACAGGAUAAAUAAAUCCGUCAUGGCAUCAUUUUAUCCACAGAGUACACUCUUUUGUCAAGUUGUCAGAUGCAAGUCAUCAUAUAGUUCACGUGCAGUGAUGGGGGUAUCUGAAUCUCCAUGCUUCUUUUUGUUUACAGGUACUUCAGGAUAGACUUCCGUAUACUCUUGUAAUACAAUGUCAUUUCUUUUAUUUCUUAGGUGAGAUAGGAGGCAGCAUGGGAUUGUUCCUUGGAUGUAGUCUGAUAACUAUCUGGGAGUGGCUGGACUUCAUAUUGACUCAAAUAUUCACAGCCAGAGAGCGUCGCCUUACACAUCCAGCUUGA